AUGGAAUUAUCGAUCAGUGUGGCGAAGAGUUUCUGGGGCAUCGAUAAGGUAGGAUAUCUGAGGCAUCGAGUGUCGUUCGGAGGUCUAGAGGCGAACCCAAAAGAUCUGAAAUUCCUGAUUGAUCUGCCAUUCCCCGAGUCACUCCAAUCCAUGCAGUCGUUCCUGGGUAGUUUGAAUUACUACAGCCGAUUCAUUAAAGACUAUGCUAUCUACGCGUCGAUGCUAUAUGAUCUACGCGAGGUGGCGUUCGCAGUGCUGGAGAAACGACCGGAUCUGAGGAAGAUCAUGGGCCAGAACCACCCGAUUGCACGAGAUCACCGUUCACCGGAGCUGCAGGUGGCGGAACCACUGCAUGAGAGGUGGAUCAGGGCGCAUUAG